AUGAGCGCUGUGUGGUUUCCUCAACAACCACUCUCCUCUGUGUUGUCGUUGCCGGGCGCUCUCGGGCUCCCAAACGCCUGCAAAACCGGGCACACAAGCAUUUGGGGCAACUCGCUACUUAUUCCGGUUGGCGCUGCCCUGGUGUCCUUGACCAUCCUCGUACUGCACGUUAUCAUCGCAUCGGGCCGGAUACAACGGAGCUGGGUACGCCUCAGGAGGGCCGACCCGACGGAAAGCACGCCAGAUGACGGUUCCACCGUCAGCCCAGGUGAAGAAGCAAACAUCGUCAGUGACUUUUCUGAACAUGUCAAAUUACAUGGUGGUGCUACCAUUUUCGCCUUCCGAGUCCUUCGCCUCCUUGCCUGUAUUGCACUGCUUGGUCUGUUCGUUUACAGCUCAAUUUUGGACGAACAAAGCUCGCUCUAUGUCAUAUUCGGCGACAAGAAGAAGAAAGGUGGUCGAAAGCACAGAGACAAAACCCCACCUAAGCUCACUGAGCAAGAGUGGAUAGACAUGAUGUUGUCCAUGACCAGUUUCUAUUUGGUGUCUCUUGCCACCGUUGUACUUGCUGCGACUCCACGAUGGUCGCGGAUCGCAAACCAUCAUCUAACCCUGGUCCUAUUCGCAUUUCUCGCAGUCUACGUCUCUCGAGAUGUUUAUCCCUUGAUCACAUUUAAUGAAAUUCCAAUGGAUCAAGCGGAGGUCCCACUCUUCAUUCCUCGUCAAUAUACCCCGAUCUACCCCGAGGAGCCGACUACAGCCAAUCCCGAACAAACCACAUCCCUUUUCUCCUUAGCCACAUAUUCUUUCCUUGACCCGGUCAUUGUUGUCGCUAAUAAACUUCCGACCCUCCCGUCCGACCUACUACCGCCCCUCGCCGACUAUGAUAGCGCAAAGCAUCUCAAAUCUCGGAGUUUCCCACAUGUCGAUGCAUUUUCAAGGGCUCACAAGCGCCAUAUCUUCUUUGGCUUAAUGCGCGUGUUUCGUACAGAGUACAUGAUCCUUGGCUUCAUGAUGUUGGUCCAGGUCCUCGCUGGCUUCGCUUCUCCGCUAGGCGUGAAGUAUCUUCUUCGUUACAUCGAAACGAAUGGCGCUGGAGCCACCAUAAAACCCUGGUUCUGGAUUCUGUGGCUCUUUCUAGGCCCUUUCAUCGCCUCCCUCGCCUUCCAAUGGUAUAUCUUUAUAGCGGCGAUGCGCACUGAAGGGAUCCUCACCCAAUUAAUUUUCGAACAUGCGCUUCGCAUACGAGUGAAAGCGGAGGCGCCGGAAGAUCUUGCCACGAAGACACCGGGCCCAGUGACGCCAGACUCGGCAUCAGCCCCCGGAACUCCUAUCGAACCUAGCGAACUUGGAACGGAUCACUCUCACCUUGCAACUGAUAGCACUCUUGUUGCCAGCUCUUCGGAAGGGACGUUCAAACCCACUGGUUCCGAUAGUGGCACCGAUGCUGCUUUAGAUGCUGCUUCAAUGAAACCAGCAUCCCAACACGAUGAUGGGUCCAGCAACGCCCAAAAUCUUGUUGGAAAAAUCAACAACUUGGUCACAACUGAUUUGAACAACAUUGUCGACGCCAGGGACUUCCUCUAUAUUGUGAUUUGGAUCCCCCUCCAAAUUACACUCUGCAUCGUCUUCCUCUACAAUGUUUUGGGAUGGAGUUCUUUUGUCGGCCUGGCCGCUAUGCUCUUGCUGUUCCCUGUUCCGAGUUACGUUGCCAAACUGAUGCAAGACGUCCAAACUGCUCGCCUUAAGAAGACUGACGCCCGUGUCGAGAUUGUGUCGGAAGCUAUGAAUGUCGUGCGCAUGAUCAAGCUUUUUGGCUGGGAGAAGAAAAUGAAUGACCGGAUCGCAGAAAAAAGGGAGGUCGAACUCUAUUAUCUAUGGAAGCGAAACAUGUUGGAAUUGGUAAACGGAUCGUUGAACUACCUGAUCCCUACCACUGUGAUGAAGCGGGAGCUCACCGCCUCCAUCGUCUUCAGCUCGAUGACUGUCUUCGACAUGCUACGAGAACAACUGAACAUCACCUUUUGGUCACUCACGAAGAUCAUUGCUGGAAGGGUAUCCUUGGACCGAGUCAACGACUUCUUGAACAAUACCGAGCUGCUUGAUCAAUUCGCCGAUAGCAAGGAACCUUCGAUCGUUCCCCCUAGUCUCGUCACUGAGUCCCAGGAAAUUGGUUUCCAUGAUGCCUCAUUCGCAUGGUCGCGGGAUACCACUGGUUCCUUGACACCCUCGAAGCGCCAAUUCAGGCUCAAGAUUGAAAAUGACCUCUUCUUUCCCCGUGGUCAGCUAUCCAUCAUCAUCGGUCCAACAGGUUCAGGAAAGACAUCACUUUUGAUGGCCUUGUUAGGCGAGAUGCACUUCGUCCCAAUGGCCCCAGAUUCCUGGUUCAGCCUGCCCAGAUCUGGGGGUAUUGCGUACGCUGCCCAAGAAUCCUGGGUUCAAAAUGAAACUAUCCGGGAAAACAUUCUUUUCGGGGCACCCUACGACGAGGAGAGGUAUAACAAGGUCAUUUACCAAUGUAGCCUGGCUCGCGACCUGAGCCUAUUCGAGGCAGGAGACCAAACAGAGGUCGGCGAAAAGGGCCUUACGCUCAGUGGUGGCCAAAAGGCGAGAAUUACUCUCGCUCGUGCAAUCUACUCGCGGGCAGAGAUCCUACUGCUCGAUGACGUCCUUGCUGCCCUUGAUGUACACACUUCGAAAUGGAUCGUGGAGAAAUGUUUCGCUGGAGACUUGGUGAAAGGAAGGACUAUGAUACUGGUGACGCACAACGUCGCCCUUGCCAGUUCUGUUGCCGAAUUCGCCGUCUCACUUGGUGGAGAUGGGAAAGUGUUAGCGCAGGGUCCAAUUUCUGAAGUCGUUAAACAUGACAAGCGACUGAUUAAACAAGUCAACGAGGAAGAACGGAUUCUCCAUAAAUCGGAAGAGGAAAUCGACCCCAAGGGCAAAGCACCACCAGAUUCUGCAGACGGGAAGUUGAUUGUUGAAGAAGAAGUUGAGGAAGGCCAUGUCAGCUGGAGCGCUGUCAAGAUGUUUUUCUCCGCAAUGGGAGGUGUGAAGCGCCCGCAGAUGUUCUUCAUACUCUACAUGACUGGGAUCGUGCUCUGCGAAGUUGUAUCGGUCGCUCAGACAUGGUGGUUAGGCUACUGGGCCUCCCAAUACAGUAUCCACCCCCCUUCAGAAGUCCCUGUGUCGUGGUACCUGGGAUUCUACGGUGCCUUGCUACUAGUUGGUUCCAUUGCAUACGCGUCCUCCUACGCUUACUACAUCAUCGGUUCAAUCAGAGCAUCUCGGACUCUUCACAAGCAACUCCUCGAGGCCGUUCUUGGGACCACUCUCAGAUGGCUCGAUACGACACCCAUAUCCCGAGUGAUCACGCGGUGCACCCAAGACAUUCGCACAGUUGACGGGCCCCUAGCUGAUCAGCUUUGGUAUUUGAGCGAGAUGACCUACUCUAUGCUAAUCAAAUUCGGCGCCGUCCUUCUGUUUACCCCUGUGUUCCUGCUACCCGGCAUCAUUGUGGCUACCCUCGGCGGAUGGUGUGGUCAAAUCUAUAUCAAAGCCCAACUGUCGGUGAAGCGGGAGAUGUCGAAUGCGAAGGCGCCAGUCCUUGGACAUUUCGGCGCUGCUAUUGCUGGUUUAACAUCCCUCCGUGCAUACGGAGCCCAGCAAGCCUUCAUCGAGGAAUCGUUGAAAAGGAUCAAUCGUUAUACCAGGGCAGCGCGGGUUUUCUACAAUCUCAACCGAUGGAUUUGCAUCCGUGUCGAUGUCUUGGGAGGGUUGUUUGCCUCCAGCCUGGCCGCGUAUCUAAUCUAUUUCCGGGAUCACAGUGCCUCCAACAUUGGAUUUUCCUUGAACAUGGCUGUCGGGUUCAGUACCAUGAUUCUGUGGUGGAUCAGAAUAGUGAACGAGUUCGAAGUUCAGGGAAACAGUCUGGAGCGAAUUGGCCAGUACACAUCGAUUGAACAAGAGCCAAAACCCACCCUUGACGGCAUUCCUCCAGCGUACUGGCCUGCAGAAGGCAGUUUGCAUGUCGAGAACCUGUCCGCGCGGUACUCGCCUGACGGACCGAAGGUGUUGCGCGAUCUAUCUUUUGACAUCCGAUCUGGUGAAAGGGUUGGAGUUGUCGGACGAACAGGAUCGGGGAAGAGCUCCCUUACCCUCGCCCUUCUGCGGUGCAUCUUUACAGAGGGCAAAGUCGUCUAUGCCGGCAAAGACACGAAUUCCCUCAACCUGGAUGCGUUGCGCUCAAACAUUACCAUCAUUCCUCAGAUUCCCGAAUUGCUCAGCGGAAGCUUACGGCAAAAUCUGGACCCAUUUGACCAAUACGACGACGCCUUGCUCAACGACGCGUUACGAUCAGCCGGUCUUUUCUCAUUGCAAGAAGGGGUGGAAGAGGGCAAACUUACACUUGACUCUGCCAUUUCGAGCGGAGGCGGUAACCUCUCGGUCGGCCAGCGGCAGAUCAUUGCCCUUGCACCAACUUCGGCCAUUGAUCACAAAACUGAUGCUGUCAUUCAAUCCUCGCUGAGAAAUGGCCUUGGUAGGGAUGUAACGGUCCUAACUGUGGCACACAGGCUACAGACGAUCAUUGACGCCGACAGGAUUAUGGUCCUUGAUGCAGGACAAAUUGUCGAAUUUGAUAAACCUUCAGAGUUGCUGAAGAACCCCAGCAGCAAGUUACGCGCUUUGGUUGAAGAAUCUGGGGACCGGGAGACGUUGAUGUCUUUGGCGGGAUAUGAGGGGUGA